GGGCACACUAAUUUUCAGAACAUUUUAAUACUGGCAUGUAAAUAAAAUAAUCAAUUGAUGAAACCCUAAAAUAAAAUGUGAAUUAUUCAACAUGCAGUAGCAACAAACUAACAUAAACCAGCAUAAGAGUUAAAGACUUUUGGUUCCUGCUGAAUGUGGAUGAAAGUAAUCGAGUGAAAACGCCAUAACUUGUGUAAAACUGACGGGGCGAACAAAGAGUUACCAGCAUUAUUUAGGCUCGAACCAAUUUUUCAAGGCUAAACUUUCUUGCAAACAUGAAUAACUUUUGGGGGCUAUAGGAUUUUUAGCUGACCAAUCGGUUGGCUUCUGGUCAAAAACUGUAAACAAUUGGAUUUCGAAGACUGAAUGCAAUAGCACAGAUAGAUCUGUCGGGUGUCAUCAUGUUCACGAGAAAAUACCUUUUGGCUAAGGGUUCCAGGCGUUCCCAAAAGCAGAAUUUAUAAAAUGCUGAAUGAAUCCUUGCACAAAAUAGAACCAGGUUGUUAAUAACGCGCUGCUACAAACCGUAUAUACAGGCAUUAUAAGCAUGAAUUUGAAAGAUAUUAUCCACUGUGCAUGUCCUGCAUAGAAGCACCUACACCAAGUACCGCAGACAGUUUCGUAUUUGGCAUCUGAACCUGGCACUACACUCAAAAUGGGAGCCAACACGUCGAGCAGCAGCUAUCCCACGGUGGCCUCUUCCGGCAGCGGAGCUAACAGCAAUGCCAGCAACUCGAAUGGAAACCUAUCGGCUAUGCCCCCGGGCAUGGGGGAGAUGCCAGGAGGCGGAGGAGGAUGUUCGGGUGCUUUCGGCAGCAGUAGUAGCUGUGGCCCCAGUGGGAAUGCAGGUGCAGCGCCGGGCAUCGUCAUCAGUGGAGCCCAUUACCAUCGGGAUCAGCGUAGGAAGCGUGCCACCGGCUUUGCCACACUCAAACGCAAGUUCAUACGCCGACGGCGCUCCUCGAAAGCCUGUGAUCACGCUCGCGUCCUGCGCGACUUUGUGUCCGAUUGGGCACCCGUGGAACUGGCAGCUCUGUGCGAGGAGUUCGAGGCAUUGUCGGCUCUGAGGGAUUUGUCGGUGCAAGCUGAACUGGCACGACCGCCGGCGGCAACGUUUAAGCAGGACCUGGCUGCCAUCUAUGAGAAGAAUUUGUGCACCGAUUGUGAUCUGGUCUUUCGUGGAACGAUAUUCUCAGUCCACCGUGCAAUAUUAUCGGCACGCUGUGUAUAUUUUCGGGACCUGCUGGCAGGAUGUCCUGGUUUCGGAGCGCGUAUAUGUCUCGAACUACCCACAUCCCCCAUUGAUGUACAACUCUUCUCGUCACUAUUGCGCUACCUAUACACUGGUGAUCUGUGCCCACAUGAUCCUAACAUUGACAUUACUCUAUUGCGGCAAUUGGGCAAGGAUUUCGGUACUCCGAAUCCACUGGAGCACGAUCUGCGCUAUCUGCUGGAAACAGGUGAUUAUGCUGACGCAGCACUCGUCUUCACGGCAGAUGGAAGCAACGAUUAUCUGCGACAAGACUCGGGUACCUCGGAGUACGGCUUCCGGCCGAAGAUUGAACUACCUUGCCAUAAAGCGAUAUUGAGCGCGCGGUCACCAUUCUUUCGCAAUCUAAUUGCGCGUCGCACACGCAACAUGGACGAGUACGUGGAGCGCUCGUUGCACGUGCCCACUCGCAUUGUAUUGGACGAAACUGUUAUACCAAAAAGAUAUGCACGGGUAUUGCUGCAGGCCAUUUACCUGGACUCGGUGGACUUGUCAUUGAUUUUGCGUGGCGUGGGAUCCGGUACCUCGGCCGGUUCGCUUGGCGAAGUGCACGCGCUGACCAACACCGGCCGGGUGCGACCAACGACUCUGGAGGAGGCCAUGGAGUUAUAUCAGAUCGGUCGAUUUCUGGAGCUGGAUAUAUUGGCUCAGGGCUGUGAGGAUUUGAUUCUGGAAUGGCUGUCCAUUGACACGCUACCCAUAGUCCUGAAGUGGGGCUGCCAGCCCCAUGGAUCCGCAUGGGUCUUUCGUCAAGCUUGUCAGUAUUUACGCGAGGAAUUCGCAGCUGUUAGCUCCUCGCCGGUGUUGCACCAACUCGAUAAAUCUCAGUUAAUACACAUUCUGCAUAGUAACUUUCUACAAGCAUCCGAACUGGAGGUGCUGCAGGCCGUUCUAAAAUGGGGCGAGCAGGAGCUGAUUCGCCGCAUGGAGGAUCGGGAGCCCAACUUGCUGUCGCACACAGCCCACUCAGUGGCACGCAAGGGUGUCAAGAAACGCGACCUGAGUGAUAUAGAAUUACGCGAGAUACUCUCGGAACUGUUGCCGCUGGUGCGCAUGGAUCAUGUCCUGCCGCCACACUGUGAGGUCCUUUGUCAGGCAAUUCGACGGGGACUCGUCAGCACACCACCUUCGCAUAUGAUCGGCGAUGAUCGGGAGAACUUACGUAUCAAUGCCUGGAUUCGAGGCGGUAAGAAUCAGGGCCUAUACGUGAGGCCCCGCCUGUUUAUGCCCUAUUUCGAGGAGGUGAAGGCGCUUUUGGAGGAUCGUAUGUCAUCGUCACACCAUCAGGUUGAGCUAAUGCGAAUGCGACGGUGUCGACAUCCCCCCGAUAUUCCGGAUACCCUCUACAUGGUGUCGCAUAUGAAUUCAAAGGCGAAUAGUGAUCUUAGCACAGUAGAAAACCGUAGCACUGACGGAAAUGUUGAUAUAUUAGUAGGCGCCGCUGUAAUUCCACCACCGGACAACCAAACGCUGCUGGCCAUGCGCAAGCGGGAGCACAAGCUGCGCCAGUCACCAAUGUGCCAGCGGGCAUUGCUGCUGCCGCUCUCCUCCAAGAGUGAGAUCGAUCGGCAGAUUCGGCUGCGUGUUGUCAGGGAAUUCAAUCUGCCCGACGAGGUGUCCGACCUACUGGAAAUCGCCCUGCAAACCAAUCCGGGCCGGAAUGAGAGCCACGCCGAGGAGACAAGUGCAUCGGCCUCGCAGAAAGAUGACUCCUUGUUGGAGGAUGAGGAUCAAAGUCCGCCACCAUCGCCGGCGGCCACUUGCUCAGUGUCGCGACACACCACCGUUGCAUCGUCGUUCUUAUCGCCCAUGGGCUCAUCCGUGGCGUCUUGCGGCACCGACGCCGCUCACCCGUGCUACAGUCGAAAUCUCACCUUCCCACGCCACCACUCGAAUGGCCUGAUCGGAGUGGCCAAUGCAUUUGGCUCCAGCUCUGGCCCGACGCUGCAGUGCAGCUACUCGCGACUCUCGUCAUCGGUGCACCAGCGCAACGACCUACCAGCCCUCAUCACCGAGGGCGACUUUCGAUUCCCGCAUGGCAAUGGCCUGGGAUUGGACAUGGGCGCCGAGGGCGGUGCCUGCGGUCUGGACACGGCCAACAGCCAUCUGUCCGAAAUGAUGCCGGAUGUGGCGAUGGCCACCGCCUCGCUGGGCCAGCUUCACUUGACAAAUAAUGGAGCUGGAUGCGCCGGCAACAUUGGCGGACGCGCAGUGAGCAGCAAUAACGACAUGUCCGAGAGCUUGCAGUUAGAUUUAGGCGAUGGCCCGAGCCCUCAUAUAAUUGGAAGUGCUGUCGGUUCCAUGACUCUACGAAAUAUACAGCAUCAACUGCCAACAAACAACUAUCACCACUUUAUGCAGCGUUCGAAUUCGCCAUUUGAAAUCCUGCGGCAAGGACAACCAUCGCCAACAUCACAUCCACAACAUUCCGGGACAUACAAUUCUGGACCACCAAGGUUUUUAUAGAGAUUUCGAGUGGCCCCCGAUCAUGGGCAUUAUUUUAGCAUGCCUUUCUGAAUAAAAAAUCCGAUACAAUUAAAACUAAAAAUCUAGAUAAAUAAAACAAACUACUAAAUAAAUGUCAAAACGAUA